UUAUGUCAAAGUUUAGGGACUGUUCGUGUAAUUUUCCAUUUAAAUCCCAUUGGAUUAGCUCGCUAAAUAAAUAAAACAUGGAUCUAAAUAUCUUACCGACAGGAGAAAAGAAAGAGGAUCCGGUGGUAAUUGCUUCGACGGUAAUUCACAAUUAAUUGAGAGGCGCCAUCGCCGCAAGUAGCGCAGGCAGCAAGAGUGCAUUGCAGAACGCAUAGUGAGGAUUCUGAACCGGGGCGGUGUACGUCGUCACCGAGAAGCAGCAACGCGAAAGUCCCAAGCUUGGUGUUUGUUGUCCGGGAUGUUGGGCGUUCGUUGGCAAUCCCGUGCGGAGUUCACUGGAGGAAUUUCGGAGGUUGCAUUUUGGGUGUUUGUUGAAAUGCUUCUGUGAGAAGUGUGAUCUUUGGCGUCUGUGAGGUCCAUGAAGUUCAAAGUUAUUUGAUGGUGUCCUAGUGGAAAUGGAUUUGGCUAAGCUACAUUCGUUGGUGGUCUUGCUCUGCACACUCAGCUUUGCGGGUGACAGAGUUUGUUAUGCUUUUGAAAAUACGGUUGAGAAGACAGUGCUAAAAGUAGGUGAGGAGCUAUGGAAAGAAUCUCUACCACUACAAAGAGGAUCUCGCCUUUAUAAGUUGGAGGGUCUCAAACCUUACACGUGGUAUGAAGUGAAGAUAUCAUAUCCAGCUUCUAUUCCUGCUUGCUUCUCUCUGCAACUAAUGAGGGGUGAUUCGGACUCAGCAACAAACUUCAACAGAAGAUUACUUAACACUGAGAAAAUAAUAUUUAAGGCGGAGAGCCUUGAAUUGAUACAGAAUCAGGGUGGAAUGCAUGUACUGGCUACUGUAGAACCUGAAGGAGUUGUUGCCAUACGAGAUGUAAAGGAGAGAGAAUCCAUCAUCUAUAAUAUAGUUUGUGAUGAGCUCUUGCUAGGGAUCCCACACAAAGCUUGGCCUGUUGGAAUUUUGGUUCUGCUCUGCUUGGUGUUGGCAUUCGUUAUUCCGUCGUUUCUCCCACCAUUUCUACUGGCGAAAAGCCAUACUCAGCAGGCACUUGAUGAAGAUGUCUCAAAAAAUUCUUAGCCGAGUGAUGUUUUCAAGGAGGUGGUGUCUGUUUUUUCUCAUUAUUUUGAAGUGGCAUUGAGGUUUAAGAGCUGUCGAUCAACUUGGUUCAGCAGCUUCUGCUCUAGUGGGGAGUUUAGUAAAAGUAUUGUACUUUUCUUUUAAAAAACAUUAGUAGUGACUUGAUUUUGGUUUCAACUGGAGUAGAAGUGGGCACUUGGUAAAUUAAUGAAA